AUGGCCAGUACUUUGCCACCUUCUACUCCUACGCCAUGCUCGCCCCCUUCUACAAGGUAUGUACCCCGCCCGCCCCCGCCCCCGCCUACUACUACUUUGCUUGUGCCCACUUUCGUGUCCCAAAACUCGUCUGUCUGUCUAAUCGCGUUUACAUGUCUGCACCUUCGUCACAAACAAAACAAACCAACAAACAAAAAAAAAAAAAAACACACACACACAACCCCCACACCCUACCCCACCCCUCCUAGUGGGCCGCGAGCUACGACAUGGACGAGUUCCUGGCCUCGGUGCCGGCGCUGCCGAAGCGGCCGGGGCCCGCGGACCAGCUGCUGGACGAGGCGGACAGGAGUUUCAGCGCCCCUCGCGGCGACAUGGUAUUCCAGUGGCUCAACUUCCGCGUGCGGUCUGCGGAGCACUCGCGCGCCCUGUCGGCGCGCCUGA